AUGGCAAACAACACGAUAGCAGCCCUACGUGGCGGGUGCCCCGCGCCCUUUUUCAAUGAGCUCAUGUUCCCUGCGGAUGGAGGACAUGUGGAUGGCCGGCUAUGCGCGCCCUUUGCAACUUUGAAUUGUUGUGUACCUUGCCCUAUGACAGACUGGGCUUACCCAGAUAAUUUCAAGACGGCAACGACGGCAGCAAACUGGGUCAAUGUUGUUGGCAUGGUUUGCUGUGCCUUUCUCUUGAUAUCCUGGAUUGUGCUUCCCGUCGAAAAGACGCAUCGCCACUAUCUGAGUAUCAGUCUCGCCUGCGCUGUUGUUCUCAUGAAUCUGGGCUUCAUUAUUCCUUUAGCAGCUAAGCCAGAGCAAUGUUAUAACGAGAUCACUCCGCAUGGGAUGGAUACGAGUUCCGUAUGCGCCGCCUCGGGUUCUUUCUUACUGGCCGGUGGCUGGGCUGGUAUCAUGUGGGUUUUCUUACGAGCGCUUUCCCUGCAUCUUCAGAUCUGCUGGCAAUUAGUCGUGGGCCGGAAUUAUAUGUGGUUUUCUCAAGUGCUUGGUUGGGGUAUACCUAUCAUCGGCCUCAUUAUCCUCCUUGUCUUCAGCGGAGUUUCGUUCCGCUUUGGAGCUACGUGCCAUAUCAACCACGAGAACAGUUUGGCCGAUUUCUGGAUUCCGCUGCUGGUAUUUGCAGGUCUCACCGUUAUCAUUCAAUUCGCCACCUUCGGAUACUGCAUUAAGGUCUAUCUCGCAUCCCUGACUGACAAUAGCGCCACAACCGAGAACUCCGGCAUGCCCUCUUACUCAAAUAGCAUCCGCACUAUGACUCCUCGUCAGGCAUACCGAAGAAUACGCCGCGUGAUCCAACUUCAAUGGCGUGGUAUUGUCAUUGUGCUCGUUAUCAUCGCAGAUGUCAUCUUCUUCGCCGUUAUCUUUGUCUUCAUAGAUAAUACUGUGGAAUCAAUUAGGACUCAUCCCGACAAGGCGUUGACCUGGGCGGCCUGUCUAGUCCAAUCGGGUGCUGAUAAGAAUAAAUGCUUAUAUUUAGCAAACGAAUUAGUAGUCAGUCUCCCAACUGUCACGGCGGUCUUAAUACUUCUAGCGAUGAACGGCCUUUGGCUGCUCUUAUUACUCGGCCGCUGGUCAAUGGUUACUGGCUGGCUCGACUUAUUCGGAUCAUACACUGGUACACGUACCAAGAAAGAAUUUGUAUCUGUUGAUGCUCGGAUGGAUAUUAAGCAGGACCCCCGGUCUUAUGAAAUGUUGUCUCGCGAUUCCGGAAAAACAGACACCGUGCUGACGCCAAUUAGCCCAACAAUGUCGCCGACCUCACGAGGUGGACGCCAGACGCCGGAUUACUUCGGUCAAACGGCACGAUACCAACCACACCAGCGGUCCUUCUCUUCACCAAGGCCGCCGCAACAGCUACAGUGGGAAACGACACAGGAGUACCAAGACUCGUAUCCAUUGCCAUCAAUGCCUCCACAAUCUCACGAGUACGAAAAUAUGAACCCAUUAGGGAUGAACAGAAUACAGAGAGACGAAGAAGAACGAUACGAAGCUCCGAGGUCUCAAUAUACCCAGCCUGGAGCACCCGAUUAUAAUCGCGACCAUGUUUUCAUCUGA